GUUGCUAGGCUAAUUGUAUUGUACUACAGUGCUAGUAGCCAGUUAGGGAUGGCCUUGGAGGUUGAGUGUGUGGUGUGCACGACUACUCGAGAUGAGGAGAGGCAGCGCAGAGUCACAGACGGAGCGAAUGUUUUAUUUAUUCGAAUUUCGACAUUUGUAAGUAGCUUAACUCUACAAUUGGACUCGGUGCAAAUGCUGAAAAUGUCUCGAUGGUAACCAGUAGCUAGCUCACUGGAGGCAGGGAAAGAAAGCUCUCGGUGGUGCUCUGCUCAUAGCUAAACGAAUAAUAAAGGACUUCGAAAGGAAAUGGUCAAGAUGGCAGCUGCAUUCGGAAUGUGAAGGUGCUAGUUUUACAUUUUGAUGUAACCCGCAUAUUGGAAAUGGUAAAGAAACACGGGCAAACGGAACGCUGUUGAUUGAGUAACGUUAGCUAACGUUAUCUAUUCAUUGAGGACGCGCUACAUUCCCAAAAUAGGUGAUGGAAUUAUAUUGAAUCCCUUAACGUAUGUAUUAACAAAUGUGUAUAUAUAUUUUUUUUACAAAGUACAAACAGACGCUGCAGUACUAGCUCAAUGCACAUAAAACAAGGGAUUUUUAAGUCGCGCUAUCAAUUUUGCUGCGAUCAGCAGAGAGAAGACAGUCGACUGGACGCACGUGGAGUUCUACCAUCAGCUGAAGGUGUGGAAUGUGGGUACUAGUUAUUGUACUCAUUGUUUUAAUGAGUCUGGUAAUGUCAUGCUGAUAUUAUGCAUGAUAACCAAACAAAUAACAUUUUAUUAUUGUAAUGAAAUUUUGUUAAUCAGUGUAUACCGAAUACAAGCGACAAAACCAAGGAGAGGAAUAUGGCUGAAGUACCGCACAAUGAUAUUGACAUCGAUCCAGACUUCGAGCCCAAGAAACGACCGAGGUCUUGUACCUGGCCUCUGCCUCGACCCGAGUCCAACACAGGGAAGCCCGAAUCGAACGAUGACAUCAUCCCGGAGGACGAGGAGGAUUAUGUCACAGCGCCCAGCAUCUCUAGCUCCACUCCUGUCAAUUGUGGCAUAACUAUACCUCAGAACACAAAUAACUUAUCUGAACACCAAAACAUCCCCGCCACCACUAAGGAAGAAGUACUAACCCCAACUUCAAAAGAGGAGGCCGGGUCUUCACAGACACAUGAUUUCACAGCUCUCAAUGGCCUGGCCUCCCAACCUAGGAAGUCCUCAACUCGGAGGAAUGCCUGGGGGAACUACUCCUAUGCGGACCUCAUCACCCAGGCCAUAGAGAGCUCCCCGGACCAGAGGCUGACGUUAGCCCAGAUCUAUGAUUGGAUGGUGAGAUCUGUCACUUACUUCAAGGACAAAGGGGACAGCAACAGCUCUGCAGGCUGGAAGAACUCCAUCCGACACAACCUGUCUCUCCACAGUCGUUUCAUGCGGGUGCAUAAUGAAGGAACGGGGAAGAGUUCCUGGUGGAUGGUCAACCCAGAGGUUGGGAAAAGUGGCAAAGCUCCACGACGACGGGCCGUAUCCAUGGACAACAGCAACAAGCUGAUCAAAGGUGCUCGAGGCCGCGCCGCAAAGAAAGCAUCUCUAGGCCUACAGACCUUCCAAGAUGGCAGCUCCGAGAGUUUAUCUUUGUCCUGUAGCCUGUCCAAGUGGACAGGAAGUCCCACGUCACGCAGCAGUGACGAACUGGACACCUGGACAGACUUCAGGUCACGUACCAACUCCAACGCCAGCACGGUCAGUGGCCGCCUCUCCCCUAUCCUGGCCAACCCGGAACUGGACGAGGCUCUGGAUGACGACUCGAUCGCGCCCCUCUACUCCAGUCCCAGCAGAUUGUCCCCCUCCACCGCCACCCUCGGUCUGGGCGACAUGGCCCUUACUAAGAACCUCAACGACGGGCUCCCUGACCACCUGAUGGGCGACUUGCUUGACAACGUCAGCCUGACGGCGUCCCAGCAGCCCCAGGGGCAGGAAGUGGAGAGCAGGACCAAUCAGACGGGGAGCUCAGUGUUUACCUACACGUGUCCAGGAAGCGGCAGUAGUCUGGUCGUCCCGUCCUCCGGCAGCUUCGGCCCUCCCGGCACCAUCUUCCUGCUCAGCCCCCCACCCUCCUCAGUGGCCUCCCUACGUCAGUCCCCCAUGCAGACUAUCCAGGAGAACCACCAAGCUUCCUUCUCCUGCCUGUCCUCUCGUUUCAACCACCACCACACCCUGCAACACCUAAUGAACCUGGAGACCCAUGGCAGCCAUGUCAGCGACGUCAUGCUCACACACUCUGACCCGAUGAUGUCACAAGCCAGCGCCUCUGUCACUUUGUCCCAGAAUUCCCAGCGGAAUGCUAUGCUUCUCCGCAAGGACCCUAUGUCAUCAUCAAUCCGGGACUUUGCUGCAGGUCCGAAUUCAAAGACUUCCUCAGUGCCCGGUUGGUGGGCUCAGGCUGGCUUGUCAACACCUGACAAUGAAGUCUUGUGCGCAAGCAAUGAAUUGGCCCAGCAGGCCAACCAGCUUCUCCAGCACCUUCCAUUUCCCAGUAGAAAUUAUUGUAUGCAGCUUGGUGGCUCAGGUACCAACAGCAGAUCUGGAAGCCUUUUGCAGUUGAAUGCUCAGGACCACUUCCCAAUACCUGCAGACCUUGAUCUGGAGGUGUUCAACAGCAGCCUGGACUGUGACAUCAUAUGUAAUGAGCUGAUGGACGCUGACUGCCUUGGCUUAUGCUUUGACCACGCUCCCCUGCGCUCUGGUACUCAGACCACUAAUAACUUAAGUACAGCAGGGGGAUUCUCCAGCUCCAAACAAACCUCUUCUUCCCCAAGCUGGGUUCCAAGCUAGCUGAGGUACUGUACUACCCGGUGCCCGGUCUCAGAACAGUGUCAGGGUUGGGGACAGUUUGAAUUUCAGUUAAGUUAAUUCAAUGGAAUUUCAGUGUACUUGCUGAAUUGACAUGGAAUUGAACCCAACCUUGAUCAGUAUAGAGAGUGAUCAUUGCAGGUGAGCUUUCAUAACUCAUGCAUAUUGUGCAACUUGAUUGUAUAGCAGGGCUAAGUGUCAAGUAUUCAAUUAUUUUCUUCUUUUUAUUAUCAGACAUUACAUAUUUAGAACUGCAAGUGUCUGGAAGACAAGAUGGAGAUGAGCUUCUUGUACCCUAAACCAUGUUCCAAAAACAAGGAGGCUUGAGUCUGAUUUCAGGGCAGGUAUUCACAAACCAUCUGCCAGUAGAAGGGAUGAUCUAGGACCAGGUCCUCACUCUUAUUCAUAAUGAUCUGAAAGGCAAAAACGGAUCUUAGAUUAGCACUCGUACGCUGAGGUGCUGUGUGAAUACAGGCCCUGGACUGUAGAGCUGUGUCUAGUCUGUUGGGACAGUGACAAUUAUUUUUCUUUAUUUAAAAAAAGAACCUUUUUAACACCAGUGUUAUCAGUGGGAUUUUAGAUGUAAAUGUGAAAUAGACACUGCUUUUAAGUCUCAGGGAUUUUUCCUUAUGUGGUGGAUUGUAAACACUGAUAUAUAAAAUUAAACUUUUUUUUUUUUUUACCCUGCUUCCCAUGUCAUAUUUCUUAACCAUACAUAUGAACCAACACAAUAUUUUUACCAAACCAUUUGUCAGUACAGUGGUUGACUGCCUGUUUACAUCUAACAAGCUCCAGCAAAUGUGACCUUUUUGUUGUAGAUACUUGAUUCAGCUUUUACUGGUAUGUUCUCAGCCGAAAAGAGGACAAAAGAAACAAUUGUUUUUGAAAAGCCUUGCAUCAGUGCACAAUUCCAUGCACCUAUAUAAUAAAACAUAUGUUUUUUAUAUGUGGAACAUCAAGUCCAAGGUAAUCCACAUUGUAUUAAUUGUACUGUAUGAAACUUGUGUUUUAAUUUUCUUCAGUGAUUUUAGUAUUCAGUACUCCUGUGAUAAACCCUGAUAAGGAUGACAAGUCUCUGCUUGUAAAGGGGGGACCUGAUCCUAGAUCAGCACUCCAAACCUGACACUUUAUGAAUGCGGGGCCCAGGUGUUGGAUGGUUGUUAUUCCUUAAACAAAGUGAUGUAAUUACAGCUUACAAAAAUCAUAUUUUUUGAACAUUUACAUUGAAUAAGCUAUUACUCAUGCUAAAUAUAGGCUAGGCCUAAAAUAUGAUUAUGGAAAAUAACAUUCCAUGUAGAAUCAGAAGCAACAAACUCUCAAUGUUCUGAAUUAUUGCCCCAAAAAUAUGAAGUCAAUAUUUUGAGUUGAUUUCCCACAUGGAGUAGGACUACGUGAAGAGACGUUAACUAACUUCAUAGCAACACCAAAGGAGGUCUUGGUAAUUAAUUUUGAUGGAUUUAAACUCCUAAUACAACAUAUUUAGAAUACAGUAAUUGGUUUUGGGAUGUUUUUAUGCUGAAACAAGUUGUUUGUAAUCAUUAAAGGAACAAUCUGCAGUUGCUAUGUCUGUUUUUAGACUUUCAAAUUAAUGAUGCAUACCCAUUGAUUCUUGAAGAAUGUAACAUAGAUGCCUCAUGUGCUUAUCUCAACUGUCGUAACCUAUUAAACCCAAAAUGUAAACAAACACUAUAUAGCCUCAACAUGAUUAAAACUAUUAUUGUGAUAUCAUGGAGGUUCGGUCCUUGUAUCCAUAGCUCUGUCCAUGAGUUUGAAAGCGCUUACAUUUCUCCAGCCCCAUCCCUCAGCAGUUUACCAAAUCAGCGGCAGGGGUGUCCGCUUUGUUAUUGUUCAAACCGCAGAUUGCGCCUUUAAAGUAAUUAACAGUAUUACUUCAUGUACUGUGGAUCAACACCCACUGCCUACCUAUGUUUGUAUUUACCUCACUGGUCCUCCAUGAAUUGCUUCUACAUCUGAAUUGCUUGCUGUUUGUGUUGUGACAUCUGCUGAUGUAAAAAUAGCUUUAUAAAUACAUUUGAUUAACCACAACCAUAUUUGAUUUCAGUUGGCUUUUCCUCAUGUAUUUUUCCACUUUGCAUUAUGUUAUGUAUGUCUGAGAAAUGGUGCAUGUAAAUAAAAGCUUUGUGAAGCACUAUAAUUGUC